GCCAGAUCGGACCAUUUUUCCAGUAAAGUAAUUAACCUUUCCCCACUUGACUUUCCAAUUUAUGAAACCAAAGAUCAAUAUAUUUCACACAUAUAUAUAUACAGCAAACACAAGAUCAAUACCUUUCUAAUCUUCAUCAAACAUAACACAGAAAAUUUUCGAGAAAAAAGAGAGCAUACAAAUGGAGAAGGGGAAUUCUUCAGCUGUUGCGCGAGGGCGGUUAGCUGUGCUUUCAGCUCACCUCGCCGCUUCAGUCAAUCUCUCCGAUUCCAAACUUUUAGAAACUUCCGUUGUAUCCGCCACUUCCGUCGUUGCGCCGCCGCCGAAUCUAAAAGGCGCGUUGACGAUCAUCGAUGAGCGAACCGGUAAGAGGUACCCGGUUCAAGUUUCCGAGGAAGGCACUAUCAAAGCCACCGACUUGAAAAAGAUAACAGCAGGACAAAAUGAUAAGGGUCUCAAGCUUUAUGAUCCGGGCUAUCUCAACACAGCACCUGUUCGGUCAUCAAUAUGUUAUAUAGAUGGUGAUGCUGGUAUCCUUAGAUAUCGAGGUUACCCAAUUGAAGAGUUGGCUGAGGGAAGUUCCUUCUUGGAAGUGGCUUAUCUUUUGAUGUAUGGUAAUUUACCAUCUGAGAACCAGUUGGCAGAUUGGGAGUUCACAGUUUCACAACAUUCAGCAGUUCCACAAGGAAUCUUGGAUAUUAUACAUUCGAUGCCCCAUGAUGCUCAUCCAAUGGGUGUUCUUGUCAGCGCAAUGAGUGCUCUUUCUGUCUUUCAUCCUGAUGCCAAUCCAGCUCUGAGAGGACAGGAUAUAUACAAGUCUAAACAAGUGAGAGAUAAACAAAUAGUCCGGAUCCUUGGCAAGGCACCUACAAUUGCUGCGGCUGCUUACUUAAGAAUGGCUGGAAGGCCGCCUGUCCUUCCAUCCAACAAUCUCUCUUAUGCAGAGAACUUCUUGUACAUGCUAGAUUCAUUAGGUAAUAGGUCUUACAAACCCAAUCCUCGACUCGCUCGGGUGCUCGACAUUCUUUUCAUAUUACACGCGGAACAUGAAAUGAAUUGCUCUACUGCUGCAGCACGUCAUCUUGCUUCAAGUGGGGUUGAUGUAUACACAGCUAUAGCUGGAGCUGUGGGAGCUUUGUAUGGUCCACUCCAUGGGGGUGCAAAUGAGGCUGUGCUGAAGAUGCUCAGUGAGAUUGGAAGCGUUGAAAAUAUUCCAGAGUUCAUUGAGGGUGUGAAGAACAGGAAGCGCAAAAUGUCUGGUUUUGGGCACCGUGUCUACAAAAAUUAUGAUCCCAGAGCAAAAGUCAUUAAGAAGCUCGCCGAUGAAGUAUUUUCAAUUGUUGGUCGGGAUCCUUUGAUUGAGGUUGCUAUUGCUCUGGAGAAAGCUGCACUCUCAGACGAGUACUUUGUAAAAAGGAAGCUGUAUCCAAACGUUGAUUUCUACUCUGGUUUAAUUUACAGGGCAAUGGGAUUCCCGACGGAAUUCUUUCCAGUCUUGUUUGCAGUGCCUAGGAUGGCUGGUUACUUGUCUCAUUGGCGAGAGUCUCUGGAUGAUCCUGAUACCAAGAUAAUGAGACCUGCACAGGUGUAUACUGGUGUAUGGAUGCGUCACUAUAUGCCUCUAAAAGAGCGAUCACCAUAUACGGAAACAGAAAAGCUUAGUCAAGUGUCUGUCUCCAAUGCCACCAAGCGACGUUUGGCUGGUUCAGGGGCCUAGGCUUCUUCAUGUUUCAGUUAUGUUUAAGAAAAAUAAAUGGUAAAAGUUUUCUGCACGAGGAGGCACUUGUCUUGAUAGAUUCUGACAAACAAAGCAGAUAUAUAUUCGGAUGUUUCCGUUUUAAAAUAGCUUAAUAAAGCUUCUUCACAAGGAUACUAUUUAACACAAUUUUAUA